AUGCUGGGAGUCCUCGCAACUCCUCCUGACCCACUGGGCUUGCUCAGGCCGCAGCGGCAGCGCGGCGCGCUGGACUUUGGCUCCCCCUUGCGGCGCUGCACGGAUACGCUGCUGGUGGCCAACGCGGUCAUGUUCGCUGCGCAGUGGUUGACACGCGAUGCGCUGACGCUGUGGGGCGCUAAGGUCAACGCGCUGGUUGCAGCAGGGCAGGUGUGGCGGCUGCUGACGUCAUCGCUGCUGCACACCUCGCUCUUCCACCUCCUGAUCAACAGCCACGCGCUGCACACCAUCGGGCCGCACCUGGAGCUGGUCAGCGGGCGGCCGCGGUUCGCUGCGGUCUAUGUGGCGGGGGCGCUGGCCGGCACCACGGCGUCGUUCCUGCUGACACCCGCGCCCUCGGUGGGCGCGUCAGCUGCACUGUUUGGCGUGGGUGCGGCCCUGGGUGUGUUUUACUGGCGCCACAAGGGGCUGCUGGGGGAGCGCAGCGACUACGUGCUGCGGCAGCUGGGGGUCACCCUGGUCGUCAACCUGGCCUACAGCCUCGCAAACCGGCGCGUAGACAACUGGGGCCACCUUGGCGGCAUGGUGGGCGGUGCGGCGGUGGCGGCCCUCCUGGGACCGCGCCUGGUGCGGGACGAAGCCAGCGGCGGCAUCACGGACUCUCCCCCCUGGCCCGUUCUGGCGCAGCAGGGUGGUGUCGGUGCCGCGCUUGGGGCACGCGCUGCAAAGCCAGAAGGCAAGGCCACAGUCAUCAUGAGCCGCGACGGCGCGACCCGUGCCGUCAGCACACUGCUGUACAAGAAGGACAAGCGCUGGGACCCUGGGGCGCCACAGCCCAAGGGCUUCAACGCCAUCCUGGACGACGCCGCCUCGCGUGCGGCAGCCGGGGUCGCCGCCGCGGCAGGCAAACAGGCCGGCAGUGCUGCGCGACGUGUGAGCGAGAUCGCUCUCCAGGACGAAGGCUACAUCUACAGGCAGCUGGUCGCGCCCGCGUCACCUCAAGGCGGAGAGCGCGGCGAGGGCGGCGGCGGUGAUGGGGCUGGCGACGGCGGGGGCCGCAGGCGGCUGAUGCCCUCCCGGUCAUCCCGGAUCGCCCGGGGCCGCGCGGUGCUGGCGCGCAAGGUGCGCUUUGGCGAGCCCUCGCUGCCGUCACCUAGUGCCACUGCUGCGGGUGCAGGCGCGGCAACCCCAGACUUUGUUGUGGUCGGCGGCGCGCGGGGGCGGCAGUGCAGCAGCGGCGAGGCGGCUGGCGGCGGCACGCUCCCCGCGGCCAGGGGGGCGGCGCGAUCACCUGUGCGGCAGGCAGCGGCGGUGAGGCUGCAGGCCGGCCGGGGCAGUGCAAGCUGUGGUGGCGGCAGCGGCGGGAGCGGCAAGAUGGCGAUGGCGCAGGCGCGUGGGGCAGUCGUUGAGCUACCCCGCGCACAGGGAAUCACGCCGGCUCAGAAUGGCGACGGCUUUGGUGGGGCGGCUGGUGGGGCGCAGCUGAUGGUCCGAGUGUCGGCCUCUUCAGGCUCAGGCGAACGGGAGCCAGCAGCUGGCGCCACCCUGCCCAGCAGCAGUGGCGGCGUCGGUGGUGGUGGCAAUGGUGGCGGUUGCGCUGCUGUCAGUCAAUGGCUAGGGCGGGCUGAUGGGGAGGAACAAGGGGACAGAGGGACGACGUCCGCCGGCAAUCUAGCAGAUAAGGAGCUCACACGACUGCGAGCCGCCACCCAGCGCCUGGCGCUGCCGCCGGAGCCGGCGUCGCCUGGCGAGGGCUUCCGCCCACUGGCCGCCAUCCCCGCUGCCAUCUUUGACAGGACAGCGGACGGGGUGCGCAUUUCCGCCGCGACUGUGCCGACUCAAUCUCCCGUGGCGGGCGGUCCCAGCGACAGCGGGAAGGGAGGCCUGCUGGCUGGAGCCAAGAAGGUCGGCAGGGGAGUGCUGGACAGGUGGUAG